AUGGGUGGUAUUUUAAAAAAUCCAUUAAGUAAAGAUGAAGUGAAUCAUAAGGAUGACAGUGAGACCGUUAGUGAGUUUAGAAAACAGGUAUAUAAGAAUACCCAAUUAAAUGCAAAACUCACCUCAGGUCAAGGUAUUACAACUCUGAAUCAACCAUUUGAUGGUGAUAAUAUAAAAGAUUAUCCAAGUGAUAUGGAUGAGAAAGAUAUAGCAAUAAAUUCCAAAGGUAAUGCAUUUAGACGUACGCCACCAAGUGGACCUCCGAAAGAUGUAUUGCAAUUAAAGAAAGAAGAAGAAGAGAGACUUCAAUGGAAUAAGAGAAAUUUAGCAGAGAACGAAGUCACGAAACAACAAUACUCUGAUAUUCAUAUUGACGAACCUAAGACUCCAUAUCAAGGUGCCGUUGAUCCUCAAGGUGAAUAUUACAGAGAUGAUGAUGAUGAAGAUAACAAUGAAGAUAAUAAUAAUGAUGAUGGCACUCACAGGGUGGGCGGUUUACCUAAUGUGUCAGAUCUUGACGAUUUUACACUUGGUGAACCAGAAUAUGACUUAAAGGAUACAGCAGAUAAUAAUGAUGUAGAAGUACAUAUGGCUGAUGAUAAUGAUGGUAACGAAGAUGUUGAAAGUGAAGAUGAAUUAGACGAAGCCAAAGCAAAGGAAUUAAGACAUAAGAAGUUUGAAGAAAUGAGAAAGAAACACUACGAUCUAAGAGAGAUGUUCAAGAGCAAAAAAAUGAAUGACGAAGAAGAUGAAGAAGAAGAGGAUGACAAUGAACAGUGA